AUGGCGGAGCUCCGCCGGCACAACGGCAGCGCGCGGCCGCGGGGGCCCGAGGGGAACCGGGGCCGCCCCGCGCUCAUACCCCGCAACGCGGCUCUUUGGGGGGCGUGCGGUUCUGGGUCCGGCCCUUCCGGGGCGCUCCCCGCUCCCCCCGCCCGCUCUGACCCGUCCGUUCCUCCCGCAGGCGGCGUCAUCAGCUACGUGGGCUCCGUGGGGUCCCCCCCCCGCGCCAGCCCCGUCCCGCUCUGCACCGAAGGCUCCGCCGUUCCCCAGCCCGUCCCGCUCUACUUCCCCCCGUCGCCCACCGGCUCCCUGCAGGACACCCGGCCCUACGGGGGCGGCCCGCUGCCCCCCCGCGAUGACGGCUCUCCUUCCUCCUCCUCCUCCUCCUCAUCUUCCUCCUCCUCGUCCUCACCCUACGGCCCCUCGGUCGCAUUCCCCGGCUCAGUGGCUGUGGCAGCGGAUGAGCGACGCCGCGGUUCGCCCAACAAGAGCGGCACCAAUGUCACCAAGCUGAACGGCAUGGUGCUGCUCUGCAAGGUCUGCGGUGAUGUCGCCUCCGGCUUCCACUACGGCGUGCACGCCUGCGAGGGCUGCAAGGGAUUCUUCCGCCGCAGCAUCCAGCAGAACAUCCAGUACAAGAAGUGCCUGAAGAAUGAGAACUGCUCCAUCGUCCGCAUCAACCGCAACCGCUGCCAGCACUGCCGCCUGCAGAAGUGCCUGCCGUUCGGCAUGUCCCGCGACGCCGUGCGCUUCGGGCGCAUCCCCAAGCGGGAGAAGCAGCGGAUGCUGGCGGAGAUGCAGAGCGCCAUGAGCGUGGGCAGCGCCGUGCCGGGGGGGGCACCUCUGGGCGAGGGACUGGUUCCUGUGGGGGGCCGCCCGCUGCCCCCCGGCCCCCCUCCGCUCGCCCCCCCCGCCUGCUUCUCCCAGUUCCCGCAGCAGUUGACCCCUCCCCGCUCGCCCAGCCCCGGGGGGGCCACCGAGGACGUCAUCGCUCAGGUGGCCAAAGCGCACCGGGAGAUCUUCGUCUACGCUCACGACAAGCUGGGACCCCCCCCGAGCUGCGACGGCGCCCAUCCGCGCUGGGACGCGGCCCCCCCCGCCUGGACCCCCGCCCCCCUCGAGCCCCGGCUCUGCCCCCCCACCGCCGCCGCAUCAUACCCCGACCCCACGGCGCGGGGCUGCGCGUGGCCCCGUUGUCCAAAGGACGUGCUGCCGGUGAGCCCCACGGGGGCUCCGGUCCCGCCCCCCCCGCUCAUCCCGGCCGCUAAUCGCGCUGAUGGCCGCGCUGAGCCGCCGCUCCCGCAGGCCUGUCCCAUGAACAGCCACCCGGCGGGGCGCAGCGGGCGCUCGGUGCAGGAGAUUUGGGAGGAUUUCUCGCUCAGUUUCACACCCGCCGUCCGCGAGGUGGUCGAGUUCGCCAAGCACAUUCCCGGCUUCCAGGCGCUGUCCCAGAACGACCAGGUCACCCUGCUCAAAGCCGGCACUUUCGAGGUGCUGAUGGUUCGCUUCGCCUCGCUGUUCAACGUGAAGGAGCAGACGGUGACGUUCAUGAGCCGCACUAAAUACAGCCUGGAGGAGCUGUGGGGAAUGGGCAUGGGCGACCUGCUCAGCUCCAUGUUCGAGUUCAGCGAGAAGCUCAGCGCGCUGCAGCUCAGCGAUGAGGAGCUGGGGCUGUUCACCGCCGUCGUGCUGGUGUCGGCAGACCGCUCGGGGAUGGAGGACGCUGCAUCGGUGGAGCAGCUGCAGGAGACGCUGAUCCGCGCUUUGCGGGCGUUGGUGCAAAAGACGCGUCCGGCCGAGAGCUCCCGAUUCACCAAAUUGCUGCUCAAACUGCCCGACCUGCGGACCCUCAACAACCUGCACUCCGAGAAGCUGCUCUCCUUCCGCAUCGACGCGCAGUAGGGACCCCCCCCAAAGCUCCUUGCACAGCCCCACAUCCCCGCCCCCCAUCCCC